AUGGACCUCAUCUCAGGCCUAGGCUUCCCGGGUGCGUUGCCGGACUGGACAAAUCUGAAUGUCUUGCACCGCAAUACGCUUGCUCCACGUGCACACUUCUACUCCUACGCCAGCGAGGACGCGGCUCUCUCUUUCGACCGCUACCAGAGCGAGUACCUCAGUCUCAAUGGCACCUGGAAGUUUCACUACGAUCAAAGCCCCUUCGAGGCUCCCAUCUGGGAAACCGCGAACACGACUUCCUGGGACGACAUCGAGGUCCCGGGGAUGUGGCAGCGCCAGGGCUACGGCUACCCUCACUACACCAACAUCGAUUACCCCUUCCCGGUGACCCCGCCCAACGUCUCGUACGUGAACCCCACCGGAUCGUACUGGAGAGAGUUCGAGAUCCCCGAGAACUGGGACGAGGACCAGCAGAUCCGUCUCCGCUUUGAAGGCGUCGACAGCGCGUUCCAUGUCUGGGUCAACGGCGAGGAGGUCGGCUACAGCCAAGGAAGCCGUAACUCCCACGAAUUCGACAUCACGGACUAUCUCACCCCUGGCGAAGCCAACACCCUCGCUGCACGCGUGUACCAAUGGUCCGAUGGAUCCUACAUCGAGGAUCAAGACCAAUGGUGGCUUUCCGGUAUCUUCAGAGACGUCUACCUCAUACCGUUCCCUCGCUCCUCCAUUGUGGAUUACCAGGUCAACACCUACAUCGAUAACACCUUCUCAAGCGGCACCAUCAGGCUCAACACGACAAUCCAGGGAGACCAAGGCAAUCUGACCGUCAAACUUCUCUCCCCAGCCGGCGACACCCUCGACGACUGGACCGGCGCAUCGUCUUCCAUCUACGAGCACACUCUCGCAGGCGACGACUUUCACCUCUGGUCCGCCGAGACGCCCGCCCUCUACACCCUCCUGGUCACCUUCAACGGUCGCACCAUCAGCCAGCGCGUCGGCCUCCGCCGCGUCGAGGUCGUCGGCUCGAACUUCCACGUCAACGGCAAGCCCAUCACCAUCUACGGCGUCAACCGCCACGAACACAACGCCAUAUCAGGCCGCACCGUGCCGUACGCCAACAUGCGCGCCGACCUCAUCCGUAUGAAGCGCUCCAACAUCAACACCAUCCGCACCUCCCACCAGCCGCCGCACCCGGACUUCUUCGACGUCGCCGACGAGCUCGGCUUUUACCUCAUCUCCGAGGCGGACCUCGAGUGCCACGGCUUUGGCAAGGUCGAGGAGACGGACGAGAAGGCGGCCGAGUGGACGUCGGAUAACCCCGAGUGGGAAGCGGCGUAUAUCGACAGGGCGCACGCGCUAGUUGAGAGGUUCAAGAACCACGCGUCCGUCAUUAUUUGGUCGCUGGGCAAUGAGUGCUUCUACGGGAGGAACUUGGACGCUAUGACGACAUGGAUCAGGGAGCGCGACCCUAGCAGGAUAAUUCACUAUGAGCCGGAUCGGAAUGCCACGUCGGUGGAUAUGUACAGCCAGAUGUACAAGUCUCCGACGAGUGUUCGUGAGUGGGUUGGUAACCACACGGACAAGCCCUUCAUUCUCUGUGAAUACGCACAUGCAAUGGGCAAUGGACCCGGCGGCCUGAAGGAAUACAUCGAACUCUUCCGCUCGGAGCCCCUCGUCCAGGGCGGUCUCGUCUGGGAAUGGAGCAAUCACGGUCUUCUGAAGAAAGAGGGAGACAUUGAGUACUACGCCUACGGCGGAGACUUUGGCGACGAGCCCAACGACGCCGACUUCAUCAUGGACGGCCUCACUCUCUCCGACCACACCCCCAUGCCCUCGUUGAUCGAGUACGCCAAGGCCAUCCAGCCCAUCACCGUGGUCCUCUCAGAAGACGGUCACCAAAUGGUUGUCACAAACCACUACGACUUCCUCAACGUCAACUGGCUCGACGCCUCGUGGCACAUCAUCCAAGACUGCCAGAACCCGACAUCCUCGCGUCCCCUCGAUCUGGGAAGCAUCCCCGCCGGCGAACAACGCGUCCUCGCCCUCCCAACCGGCAACUCGACGCUCUCAGGCGAAGCCUGGAUCACCGUCGAGUUCGCGCUCAAGAACGACACAAUCUGGGCUGAAAAGGGGCACAUCAUUGCCUGGGACCAACUCCAUGUCAACGCCCCAGCCGCAACCGCAAACCGCACCGCGCGCGCCGCCCUCCCCACCCGCCAAUCCUCCUCCGCGCUCAACUUCACCCAAGAAAGGACCCACCUCAAAGCCUCCACAUCCUCCUCCGCCUUCGACUUCAACCUCCUCCAGGGCAACGUAUCCUGGACCGUCAACGAUACCCCCAUCUUCACCCGCGGCCCGGAGCUCUACUUCUACCGCGCCCAGACCCAAAACGACGCCUCGCAAUGGGGCGACGGGCCCCUCGUCUGGGACGACGCGCGCCUCGGUAGCAUGCACACUCAAGUCCGCGACGUCUCCUGGCAAGACACCUCCGUCGGGUUAGUCGUCCACUACCGCGUCCGCGUCGCCCCCAAAGCGCUCGAAUGGGGCGUCGAGGCAUCCCUGACCUACACCGUCUCCCCCGCCGGCAGUCUCAGCGUGCACGCGCGCGGCGACUUCGUCGGUAACAACACGCCCGAGGUCGUUCCGCGCAUCGGCCUCAUGGCGGUGCUCCCUGCCGACUUCGACGCGGUGUCGUGGUUCGGCCGCGGGCCGGGCGAGAACUACAAGGACACGAAGCAGGGCUGCCGCGUGGGCCGGUACGAGGCGAGCGUGGACGAGCUGUUUACGUACUAUGACUACCCGCAGGAGAACGGCAACCGGGAGGAUUUGCGGUGGGUGAGGCUCGGCAACGGGGAUGUGACGCUCGACGCGCGGCGGGCUGAGGGGGAGGAUGUGUUCAGUUUUACGGCGAGGCGGUAUAUGCCGUUCGACCUGGACGACGCGAAGCACCCGCAUGACUUGGAGCCGUUUGACAUGACGAUUUUGAAUCUGGAUUAUGAUAAUCAUGGAAUUGGGUCGGCGACAGUUGGGCCGAGGCCGUUCGAGGAGUAUAAGUGCUACUCCAAGGCUUUCGACUUUACGUUUGAGUUGAGUGUCGAGUAG